AUGGCCAUCGUCUCCCGCGCCGCGCCGGGCGAGCCCUUGGCCACGGCGUCCGCGACCAAGGACAAACCGCUCACGUGCGCGCCGCCGCCGCUGGCCAAGAAGAUUGAGUUUGCCAUCCACAUGUACUCGCUGCGUGCCGUGCUGUCGGUGCCGCUGUGGGUGCGCAGCUGGCGCGAGUACUUUUACCCACCGACGGGCGGGCCGGACAUUGUCAAGGCCUACGAGAGCCGCCCGGCGCUGCCGACGCGCAUCUUCUUCCCGGCCGACUACGACCAGGGCAAGACACACACACCGCUGCCGACCGUCCUGACGAUCCACGGCGGCGGCUUCUGCAUCGGCGUCAACCGCGACGACGACGAGUACAACCGCGCGCUGGCAGACACGCAAAAGGUGCUCGUCAUCAGCCUCAACUACAGCAAGUCGCCCGCCGUGCCCUUUCCGACGGCGUUGCACGACCUCGAGGCGCUGUACCACGCCGUCGUCGCCGACGAGUCGCUGCCACUGGCGCGGGCCGGCGGGCCGCCACACGCCCCGAGCAAGAGCAAAAUCGCCGUCCUGGGCUUCUCCGCGGGCGGCAACCUGGCCCUGGCCCUGCCGCAGCUGCCCAGCAUCCGCGACACGCCCAACGCGCCGUCGGCCGCCGUCAGCGUCUACGGCUGCCUCGACCUGUCGCGCGACCCGGCCGCCAAGCUGCGCAACCGCUUCUACAAGCCGGCCCUGCCGCUGCCGCAGGGCAGCCGCAUCGACUCGCUGGCGUCGCUGGCGCCCGUCUUCGACUGGAGCUACAUCCCCUACGGCCACGACCUCACGGACCCGUUGCUGAGCCCCGCCUACGCGUCGCUCAGCGACCUGCCGCCGCACGUCUAUUUGGUGGCCGCCGAGCUCGACAUGCUGGCCCACGAGAGCUGGCGGCUGGCGUGCCGGCUGGGCAACGAGGCGCGCCGGCUGCAGCAGAAGCCGACGGCGGGGGACCGCGAGGUGCCGGACCCGGACAGCAAGGUGGACCGGGUCAAGUGCGUGGGCAAGCGGGCGAGCAGCAAGCGCAAGGGGGCGCUGGAGCCGGCGGACGGCGGCGACGACCGCUACGGGUGGGCCGAGACGUGGGCGAGCGGCAGCGUCAACUGGCUGCUGGUGCCGGACGCGAUCCACGGCUUCGACAACUUCAACAUCCGGCAGGUCAUGGGCGGCGAGGAGUCGAUGCUGGACGCGGAGAUGAAGACCAAGGCGUACGUGGAGCGCAUCGGCGCGUGGCUGCACAAUGUCGUGUGGAAGUGA